ACGAGGAACUGACUAGGGUACCUUUGCACAGGACACCGACCGGGAAUAUGGGCGCUCGAUUUUGUCUGGGAGCCGAUCCCUCCCGACGAAGCUUCCAACUACAGCUUGAUGCACAUUGCAUCCGUGCUGCGUGAUCGGAUGGCGCAACAGCCAGCGCCUAGUAUGGAGACGCUGCACGCGCACGGCGAGGCUAUGCGCAACGUAGUUGAGACCCUGCAAGCCGUUGGCAGAAAUGUGGCGCAACCUACCGUUUUUGCGGUGAGCAAUCUCGCUACUGCAUCUGUUAUGAGUGCGGAAUGGGACGAAGCUAAGCGUCAUUUGGAGGCUUUGAUACGAAUUGUGGACCUGAGAGGAGGCGUAUCGACGCUGGACUUUGAAUUGCAAAGGAAAAUCACCUGGGCCAGCUACGGCGUUUCCAUGGUUCUCGAAGCGCCUCCCAGCUUCCCUUGCCCAAUGUUUCCUUCCACGCGACCCUUCCCACUAGCCCUCACAGACGACUCUUCGAUCCGUGCCUGGCGCACUCUGAAGAAGAUGCCAAAGAGCAGUUCUUUCCUGUAUGAUCUCGUACUCCGACUGCACCAGAUUGGACUAGCCACGACAUCCGAGUUCCGCGAGGACGUCAACAUGCAGGCCGUUAGCAACGCCUACUUCGAGUCGCAGCACCGUCUGCUAUUGCUCAACGUCGAGCAGCCGUGGAUGGGCAAAGAGGGGCCCGUUGUCCGCGUCCCCGAGCUUGAGGCUCUCUACCAGGUCUUUGACCACGCCGCGCAGUUAUUCUUGUGUACCACACUCCGCCAUGUGCAUACGGGCGAUGAGCGCUGGAGCGUCAAGGCAAACGCGAGCUUAAUCAGGCUUAUCUUCAGCCGUAUCAGAGCUGCACUCAGUGUAGAAAGCAAUUAUAACGUAUGGGCCCGUAGACGUUGCUUAGACCCGAUGGUCUGGGUGCUGGUGGUGUGCAUCGAGUCCUGCGGGAACGUGAUGCCGGAUCGAGGCUGGUUCCUCGCAGAACUUCGAAAGGUCCUCGGCAUCAUGAAGGUAAAGCGGAUCGAGGAGUUCAGGAAGACGCUGGCAGCGUUCCCGGCAACAGACGGGCUACAGAGGGUCGAGAGAGGUAUUUGGGACAGUGUCUCGAGCCAGUAGGCGUGGAUCGGAGGUAGAUUUCGAUAUUUUCCUGUCUAUAUCUUUAACAUUUCGUUUGCUGUCGCGUUAGAUGGGUAGAAGGUGGAAUCACAGAUAUUCAGUCUUUCUUUUGCAUGGUUGGAAGAGGUGUUUGUUUGGC